GCGUUGUUAUGCUAAUGAUGUGUCAUCAACACAUUUGGGUGGAAGCUGCAGAUAAUGAUCCAAAUAAACCCAGCGGACAAUUAUCGAUGUUUGUCUAAAAAGUUAAAUAAGCAGCAUUGUUUAGUGAACUUACCCUCAUUAAGUUAAAAACGGAGACGGAAGUGGACAAAAGCAGCGCUGGUUAUCUGGGCUUUUAGCAGGGAGCUAACUGACUCUUCCUCGAUUUUUUUUUUUUCGGUUUCUUGACAGGACAGGACGGGAGAGGGAUGUCCUGCAGCUUGUUUGAGUUUUGUCGGCUCCAAGAGCUUAAAACAGUCCGGGACUUCUUGUUCCAGAGCCAGAGUAAAGAGUCGGCCGAGGAGAAGAAUCAAACAGAAGAGAAUGAGCUGUCUUGGGAUACCUCUGACUGGGAAUCGGGUUGGGAUAAUGGCAACAGUAAGGAGGAGGAAUCUGCUUCUGCUUCUUCCCCAAAGUCGGAGGAGGAGCCUCCAGGGCAGAGCCAACCCUGGCUUCAGGACUGCGCUGUGUCCUUGUCGCCCUGCGCUGAUUUGUUGGUUGUGGCUCGACAACAGAAAGCAAUCUUCCUCUCAGCAAAGUGGCGCACAGAUGACAGUGGCAGAGAGGAGAUGACCUUGGGUGUGUCCUGGAGUGGGACCCUCAGCAUAGAAGAAGGAGAGAGUAUCAGCAGUGUCAUUGCUAUCCCCCUGGCCAGCCAGAAGAGGAGUUCCACAGGGCGACCCGACUGGACAUGCAUAGUUGUGGGCUUCACAUCUGGUUAUGUCCGCUUCUACACGGAGAGCGGGGUUCUGCUCCUGGCCCAGCUGCUACACGUGGACCCUGUUUUGAGGCUCAAAUGUCGCACCUAUGAGAUUCCCCGUCAUCCUGGAGUUACUGAGCAGCACGAGGAGCUCAGCAUCCUUUAUCCUGCUGCGCUGGUCACCAUCGACGGCUUCAGUCUCUUUCAGUCGCUGCGUGCCUGCAGGAACCAGGUGGCAAGAGCUGCAGCAGCAGGUAGUGAUGUGGUCCCGCCUCCUCCUCUGGCUUACAAGAAGUGGGGUCUGCAGGAGAUGGACACCACCGUGGACCACAGUAGCGUCGGUGUGAUGACACUCUGUGUGUUUGACCAAAUGAAGAAUGCAUCUAUCCUGGGGGGGUUUCAUGCAUCAGUCAAAGGGAGCCCCCCUGCCAUGAACCAGUUUGUGACUGUAGGGUCUGGGCCCUACACAGGAUUUUACUACGCAGUGGAGGGAAACUCUCAGCCUCUCUUAUCCCAUGUGGCUAUGGCUGUGGCCAGCAAACUCACCUCAGCCCUCUUCAGCGCUGCCAGUGGGUGGUUAGGGUGGAACAAGAACAAGAAUGAAGAGGAAGCAGCUCAGAAACAGAAACCUAAAGUGGAGCCAGCGACCCCCUUAGGGAUCAGAUUUGGUCUGCCAGAUUCCCGGCGCCACGGUGAGUCCAUAUGUCUGUCCCCUUGCAACACGCUUGCCGGCGUGACGGAUGACUUCGGCCGAGUGACGCUGCUGGACCUGACAAGGGGCAUCACCAUCCGCAUGUGGAAAGGUUACAGAGAUGCCCAGCUAGGUUGGCUGCAGGUUCAGGAAGAACGUGGGGAUCGGGAGUUUUCCCCCUCUGCCUCCCUCCCCAGACGUCACGCUCUGUUCCUCAUCAUCUACGCCCCCCGCAGGGGGAUCCUGGAGGUUUGGGCCAUGCAGCGGGGCCCUCGAGUCGGUGCAUUCACUGUAGGGAAACAUUGCAGGCUGCUUUAUGCUGGCUACCAUCUGAUGGGAGUGAACAGUGUGACUAGUCAGGGCUGGCAGCUCCACACGCAGCAGGUGUGUCUUCUGGAUCCCACCUCAGGAGCUCUGAGGAUCUUCAACAUCCCCUUCCAUCUGGCCCUCAGUGAUAAAAAGAACGAGCGGGCCAGAGACAUGCACCUGCUAAAGAGACUGACCGCCGUACUGAAGAGCAGAGACCUGAAUCCUGAUGUUUUGGAGACAGAAGCAAAAAGUGUCUUGUUGGAAAUUAAACACCCAGCCAUUAAGAAGCAGGCUUUGGAGUCUCUGCUGUCAAGCAGGAAUGUUCCAGUCUCUUGUCUUACUAGCGUUACUAGUGCCUUACAUGAUACUGUGAAGCAACAAGAUACGGCAACAGAUACAAAUGAAGUGGAAGCAUCAUUGCUGCAGCUCUGCUCCUCUCACUUGAAACUGCUUCAGCUUUACACUGACAUCCAGCAGCUGCAGUCUGCUGCAAACACUGAGGCCUGCUCUGAAAACCAGGAUUCCCUCAAAGGCAUAGAGGAGGAGUUGUCGCGCAUGGGGCCCACCUUGCAACGCUACGCACAGCUCAGCUCCAAGCCCUCUGUUUCUUUUGCCCAGGACUCCCCCGACACUCCUCUGUCCGCUCAGGCUUUCCUCACCCAGCUGGAGUGUGCAGAGGAUGGAGAGGUGAAGGUGAAUCGGAGCUCUGAUGCUGAAUGGAACCAGCUAGGAAACUUUAUGUUUUGGGGCUGUUUAUGUGGUAAAAGUCCCAUCCAUAAAGUCUGUGACACACUACAGCUGGCUGGCAUCAGCCCACAGCAGCUACUGUCUUUGUUAAUGAGUGUAUGGCUGCAAAGGGAGAAGGAGAUGCUUCAGAAGCCAGUGGAAACUGUCAGAAACCUGCAUACGCUGCUCAUCGCACUUAGCAACAUGGACGGGGCUGUCGAUGAGUCAUGGGACCCACAGUCUGUCUCCCCCUGGUGGCAGCAGGUCCGAUUCACAUGCAUCCAAUCUCACAACGCUGCUGCUGCUUUGUUGGCUGCUUUGGUCGCUCACCAAGCCGCCAAGGCGAGCAUCACAAGCAGGGCUGACAGCCAGUUGCAAUCAGAAUGGGAGGCCGUGUCGUUGGAGCUGGAGCAGUGGGUGGUGUGCGUUCGUCAGCUGGAGGACGUGCUGGUCCUGCAAACUCUUCUAUUGGUGCCUUCUCCUCAAGGAACAGCAGGGGGUGCUGUAGUUCAGUGCUCCAUCAAAACGCUACUUGAGGGAGGCACAGGUGGUAUCGCAGACAGUGUUUCCAAGUGGGUGUUCAGGCAGAACAUGGCGCCGGAGCAACUGAAAGAAAUUCUCCAGAGGAAAGAAAAUCAAGAUGGAGGUGACAAAAAGGAGCAGAUUGAGGAUGGAGGAGGAGCUGAAGAAAAGGGGAAGAGUUCGGAGGAUGCAGACCGGACAACAGAGCUCUUGUUGGCAGUUUGUCAAAGGUUUCCAGAGUCUUUGUCUCCUGACUUGCUCUUCGCCCACUGCAGCUGGGAAUAUGUAGUGCAGUGGAACAAAGACCCAGAGGAGACCCGAUAUUUAUUCUGUGCCGUGGAACAUUUAAAGUUCAUCUCCAGUCCUCACAUUCAAUUAGGUAUUUCCAUCAUGAUGUGGAGUACCUUCAUCGUCAAGCGUUUCUCUGCAGCUGCUUUCCUCAUGGAGAAGGUGGGGAAAGCACCCAAAGAUCGCUUAUGUCGACGGGAUGUUGGGAUUGGAGACAAAGCCAUGACGUCUUUCCUGGGCUGCUGCGUCCAGCUGCUGCAGAUCCUCAUAGAGGCGGACUCCACCAUGGAGGACGUUCCUGCUCCAGAGCUGUCCGUGGAGGAGGUGUGGAGUGGAGCCGAGGGCCCCGCAUCCAUAGCUGACCUAGCCCUGGAGCAGAGAGGCGUUCACUACCCCCUGGUUCAGCACCACUGGCUGUUAGCGUCGCUUCUGCACGCGGCCAUGAGCUUCAGUGUUAAAAUCAAACCACUCAGCCUGUUUGACAGCAAGGGUAAGAACGCUUUCUUCAGAGAUCUGACCACCAUCCAGCUGAUGCCCAGUGGAGACAUGGACCCCGGCUUGGUCUCUCUACGACAAGAGUUCCUCCUCCGGGUGCUGACUGGAUGGGUGCAGGCGAUAGACGACCCUUCCUUCUCGACCUCAGCGCAUGCCUCCAUACCGUUGCCCUCUGACGGACCAAAAGCAGACUGGUGGCCCUCCCUGUGCAUGGACCUCGGAUCCCUGCUGCAGGUCAACCCAGACAUCCUGCGUCGACACCUUGUCUGUGAGCUCUACAACCAGGGCCUCGACCUGCGAGCUGAAGAGGUGAUGUUGCAGGUAGAAGAUAAGGAUGUUCUGGGCUCCCAGCUCUUGGUGCUGACCGGCCAAAGGCUCAGCUACUCCCUGCUUCACAACCAGAACCGGACACAGGCUGCCAUGGAGCUUCUGGCUCGCCUGCCUCCAACUCUCUGCACAUGGUUAAAGGCGAUGGAUCCCAGUGAGCUGAGAUGCCCCCUGGUGUCUCUGUCCCAGACCAGCCAACUGAUUAGCCGUCUGAUUGAAAUGCUGCCAGAAAAUCACGCCCAGUACAGCCUGGCCCUGCACCUUCUGGAAGCUGUGGACGUCCUCUCUCUAUCCACCGAUGAUUGAUCUUCACUGACCCUGCACUCAAAACCCCAAAGCUGAGCAUUAGAAAGACCACUUCAUCUAGGUUUCAUCAUUCAAAUCAUGUCAAUUCUGAUUCAGGCCCAGUGUUAAAUUCAGUGGCUUUUAACUUUUUGUUUUAUUGGCCCAUCAGGUUUUUCUGUAUGUAACAUAAAUGGUAUUAAAUAUUUGUGUAUGUGUUUUCAGGAUGAGUUGUAUUGAGGAUAGGAGCAUGGUUAUUUUACCCUCUCAUUUCGCUAAAAUCAGCUGUCCUGUGGGGCACUUCAGUUAUACUGGUCGUUUCAGCUUUUGCACAGACAUGUAUCAUAAAUGAAGAGAAGGAAGUUAUUUUUAUUUAUAUAUUCAGACACUUCUGUAUUAGCUGCAUAUGUGCAUCUUAUAUUCUGUAGUUUGAUAUCCAGCAGGUUUCUGAUGCAGAAUAAAGAGAUUUCUCAAAA